AACGAAGCGGUUGAAGCUGUGCUUUUAAAAUAAAAACAAACCCCGCUGGCCUUUUGCCUUUUUUUAUUAGCCAUAUAAUUCACAUAUAAUGCUGCAUAUAUUUUAAAUAAACGACACUCGCCGUCGCGACAGACUGAAUGAACUGCGAUGAGGGGGAAAGUUAAAACUGAAAUGUAAAUUCAUCGAACCUGGGCUGGUCGUUACAGCUGGGGACAUGCUGGCAUGGCCUUUUAAUGUGAGACGAAGUGCACCAUCAUGGAUGACUCGGAUCAGGAUUUUGUAGAUCUCUGCUCAAAGCUGUUGAGACGAGUCCGUAAGAAACCAGGUGAGUCCAGACAGCCGAGGAAGGCAGAGCGUCAGCCCUCCAGCCAGGCAAGCGAUGGAGACAAGAGGAGGAGAAAUCACAGAAGAGAUGGUGACUCUGGGUCCCAGCCUGUUUGUACUGGUGCACAGGAGCGUGUGCUCUGUGGGGAGACUGGACAUGAUUCAGGAGAUGCUGAGUCGUCAUCAGGUGUGCCUUCAGCACCAGCACCAGCAGCACCAGCAGCAGCAGGACCAGCAGCAGCAGGACCCAGAGCUGAGAGACGUUUGUCGGCGAAAGACAAAGUACUCCACAGGAUGCAACAGUUCAAGAGAGCCAGUCCGCAGAGGAUGGUGCUCAAGGACAAGAGCCAGCCCACAAACCAUGAGAACGACAGUGCUCCUCCUCCUCCUCCACCUCUGACUCAAGGACAAGAUACUCCAGAGUCUUUCAGCUCAGGUCUCCACCCGGAGCCCCAGGAAAGCGAUGAGGCUCUGGCCCUGCGACUGCAGCAGGAGCUGGACAGGGAGGCAGCAGAGGCCCAGACGGUCGACCUGGAGGACGGAGGCCUUUUCUUCUGUCAGAUCUGCCAAAGAGAUCUCUCACAUAUGACACCUGAUGGGCGAACGCAGCAUCUCAACAGAUGUUUGGAUGAGAGUGAAAAGACCGCCCCAGCCCCCCCUCCUCCACCUCCUGGGGUCCCCGACUGUCCCAUCUGUGGCAAGAAGUUCAAGUCCCAGAAGAGUCGCUCGGCCCACCUCAAGCGCUGCUCCUCAGAAAUGGGCGUCGCUCCGGCUGUGCUGCUGCAAGCUCUGCAGAGACAAACUGAGGAGACCCAGAGUGUCCCCACUGCUAACACAGUCACACAGACUGGUGGCACUAAAAGAAAAGGCCCAUCCAAGCCGGGCCUCCCAGCCAAGAAGAAGCCCAGGAAGAAGACUCCACCCCUGGACGAAGAAACCAUGGUGGCCAUGGCUCUGUCCUCCUCUCUGCUGGAACAACAGCAGCAGAGCGACAGGGAGUCAGAGAUGUUACAAACUGCUGCCUUGCACAUCUCUUCGACUCCAGCGUUAAAGUGGAGGCCAGACGCAGGUAAGGGGCGUGGGAAGAGGAAAAAGGGCGCCGUCCCCCGUCCUCCUCCUCUCCUCCUCGUCCAGGACGCCGAGGUGGCACUGGCGAGGCUGCAGGAACGAGUUUCUGCUCUCCUCCUACGCAGCCGGGCCCCGUCUCCACCCACCCCGACCCGCUGCCCCAGCAGUCUGCCAGGCUGGAGCGGUGCUGCCCCCCUGUGGCAGAAGAGCGCACUGCUGGACGGAGCCAACACCUGUCUGUCUGAUUUCUACACCCCAGAGCUCAGAGAGUUCAUCACGCCUUGGGAGGCAGCGGCGACUGAUGCAACCACCUCCAGCACCGUCAACAAGCCUGAGUCUUCCUUCCGACCUGUGAGUGAAGGAACUCCUGUCACAGGGACCAGGGCCUCCACCCUGCCAUCCUCCUCCCAGACAGCCUCCUCUUCCCAGACGGCUCUCUCCACACCGGGGACAGGCCGGGCACUCCUGAUGGACCUGAUGGAGCUGGUCGAAGACGGCGCGACCCUCACCCAGUAUGGUCACACUGCUCCAGGCCCUGACACAGACAAAAGUGUCAGUCAGAACGCAAAUCUCCGUCUGAGCGGCUUCGUCCUGGAGGAGUCGGAGGAGCAGGCUGACUUCUGUGUGAGUGGCUUCCUACCAGAUACAACACACACACAUUCAGACGCUGCCCGCAGCCGAGAGAGGAGGACAACUGUUCAGGCAGGGGCGGAUAAAGACGGAAGCGGCCACCGAUCAGUGGCGCUGUCCAGACUUGCAUCAGACCUGAGCAGCAUGGUGAACAACCCUCAGCUCAGUGACCUGCAGCUCCAGGUGGACAGCGGAGAGGUCUACUUUGCUCAUUCCUUCAUGGUGUACACUCGAUGCCCCCUGCUGGCAGAAAUGGUUCAUGAAAGUGGUUUUGGGGUGCGGGAGGAAGGCAUGCCUGCGGCCCAGAGGGUGUUGAUGAAUGACGUCCCGGGACAGGCGGUGUUUGCUUUGCUGCGGUAUCUCUACACAGCUCGCUGCGCCAUCCCAGCAUCACUUCGUCCUCACGUGCUGGAACUGGCAUCCAGGUUUGACUUGCAGGAGCUACAGCAGCUUUGUGAGCUCCACCAAGAGGAUGCAGCGCCUCCAGGGGACGAGGAGGACUACAUAAACCAGGAGGAGAAUGUCAACAACCAAACAGACCAGGCCCUCAUGGUGCUGCUACGCUCCAUGUGGGGCGAGGAAGAUGAAGACGACGAGGGCACGGACACAGACGGAGGAAGGGACAAAGAGAGAGACUUGGAAGGAGAUCAUCAUGGCGACGACCUCGCAUCAGGCGACGGGGAGAUCAGUGAGGAGAAAGUGAAUGAGGAUGAGCUGGAGGAGAUUUAUGAGUUUGCUGCCACACAGAGAAAGAGGGAGGAGGAGAAGGACAGCAUGGAAGAGGAGGAAGAGGAGAGGGUAGAUGAGGAAGAAGAUGGAGAAGAAGUGUUCACAAAACUGACGGAACCCAGACAAAGCUCAGCAGGCUUCAGCAUAAAGAAAAAAUCUCAACUUGAGCCAGACCCCAGCCUGGACCGCAGCUACAGCCGCCUCUUCUCAGAAUCCUGGGGGGUCUACGAGGAAGAAGAGCCUUCCUCUUCACCUUCUACUUCCCACUCUGCUAAGGCACACACUUCUCAAUCCCAACAACACCAGUCUCCUCAUAAACCCUUAUCUGAACUGUCCGGCAGAACUUUGCUUCAGUCUUCAGCAAGCGUAGCUGGCGACCUUUCCCCCAGCCCUCCACCCAGUGCAUCCAACCUGCCUAUUCCAGGCCAGUCCCCUGGUGAAGCGGGUGACUGGGGUGGUGGUGGAGACAAGGGAACAGAUGCUUUGAAGCGGGAAAGCCAAGGUCCUUGUAGUAUCUGUGUCCCUUUUUCUCCUGAUUCGUCUCAGGAGAAGAAGGAACCUGAACUCAUCGUUUUAUCUGACUCAAGUGAGGAGAUGGAGGUAGUUCUUAGUUCCCGCAGUCCUUCACCAAAUUCCCCUUGCGUCGUCCAGAACUUGCAGAGCUACACCCAGAUCAAACCUCAGCCAGUCCUGAAACCUAAUGAACUUACCCACAAGGAUAAACAGUCUAGUAGUUUAGAGAUUAGUCCUCAUGAUUCAGCUGCAGCACCGGGUCAAAGUCGUCUAGAUGACCAGGAUCUUUUAGACUGUUCUCCAGAAGUGUCCUGGCUGAUCCCGUCCACACCGGUCCAGCCCAUAAGAAGCUCCACAACCAGCUCCACUCAGACCAAAAGCAGCAUGUGCAGGACGCAGCUGUUCCCUCGAGCCGACACUUCCUCACACUCAUCUUCUGCUUUCUCCUCUCCUGCUUUACCUCUCAACAACAGACUGCAGACGUCCAACAGUUCAACCAGAGCUUCUGCCUACGUUGCCCCAACACAGGGAAGUGUUCCCAAAUUAAAACUGGACGAGACCAGUAGCGCCAGCUUGGAUCUCAACCUUCCUUCUAAACGAACCACUAGUUGUGAUGUGAGUAAAGAUAGAGGAGUACUUGCAGCACCCCUGUGCCAACCUAAGCCCUCAACCAUGACUUCCUUACAGGAUACACCCCUCCAUGCCCAGCUGCAGCCUUACAGCAGCACUCCCCUCCACACAGAGCUCCAUAAGGCCCCCGUUCCUUUUGCCACCUCCCCUCUCCAUAGCAACCUCAAUAAGCAGAGAUCAACAAGUCAAGGAAAGCCAUCUGAAAGCCCGGAGAAGAGGCACAGCGGGUCCUCUAGUCAAAGCCGACGCUCUGUUGAGUCCAGCAGUCACAACAACACAGAUGAGCUCAAGAGCAAGGGGAUUAAAGAUGAGGAAGGAGAAGCAGAGACAGAGUGUGAAAAUAAAGGAGAGAAGGAAGAAGCAGAAACUGGAUUGGCAGAAACUGCUGAAUCCAGUUUACAGCAGAGCUUCAUGGACGAGCCCCCCAUAGCUUUCAACGACUCGUGGGGUUUCGACGCCUGUGCAGACGUAGAUGCGAACCCAGGCUGCUUCAGUCUGAGGCUGGAGGACAGCGGAGCUUCCAGCCAGCAAGGAGAGCGCAGCCUGGGACAACGAGAAACAGCCAGGUCACCCUCUUCUGUCGCCUGUCGACCUUCACCAUCCAAACACAGUGUCCAUUUACUAAACAGCCACAGCAGUGUGACUGCAUCCAAAGCUCACAGCACACAGCCGUCCAGCAGUGAACAGGCUCAUUCAGACCUUUCCUUUACUCCUUCACCACCUAACCCCACCACCCGGACCCCACCACCGAUCAGCAACAGCCUCCUGGAAUCCAAAGUGUGGGACAGCUGGGAGGAGGAAGAAGAGGAGGAGGCUCUUCCUCUAUCUCAGAGGGCGAAUCCUUCAGUUCAGCUCAAAACACCAGUGACAUCACACAAUAAAAGACGUCACACCCUGGUGCCCAUCACCCCACUGCCCCACUACUCUGACAUGGACACACCGGAGCUCAAGAACAAGCUCAACAGGUUUGGUGUUCGGCCUUUACCGAAGCGCCAGAUGAUCCUCAAACUGAAGGAGAUCCACCAGUACACCCACCAGCUGGUCAGCUCUGACUCUGAGGAUGAGGCGCCGUCAGCGGGCCGCACAGUUCGGACGAAGCAGCCGCCCACUGGUUCAGAGGCUCCUGACAACAGGCCGGUCUCCUGCACCCAGAGAGUGAAGUUUAAAGAGCCGAGAGCCCCCGCUGCCAUCUCCCCUCUGAAAGCCAACAGAGAGGAGGAAGCAGAGCUGCUGUCUGCCUCUCAGGGCUCCAACACCUCCUCAACUGCUGCCAGUGAAGAAUCUGAAAGGUCCAACCCAGAGCUGUGCCUCUCCUCCGACUCAGACAGUGACAGUGGUAUUUCUGCCUCCCAGUCAGCAAACCGCCUUCAGGAUCGCCUCCAGGCUGUGCGCUCUUUCAUCCUGUCUGACUCCACACUGUACAGUCAGAUCCUCCAGUACCAACCUCUGGUCUUGUCCCAGCUCCAGGAGCAACUCAAAGCAGCAGGGAUCCGCCUGGGUGCCGCCAAGCUGGCGGACUACCUGGACUCCCAGUGCAUCACCUUCACCACAGCCAAGCCGGGCCACUCCGCACCCAGCCGCAGGCGGGGCAGGAAGACAGGCAAGGGGGCAAAGGUCGCGGGUGGAAGCACAGCAGGCAGGAAAAAGGCUAUUACAGCUAUGAUUUAAAACUUUUUGAAUGCAAGGAAGGUUUGAGUAGAAACUGAGAGGUGGCAGGUUUUAUUGAAGUGCUUUUGUGUGACAAUAACUUGAAGCAGAAGAAGCCAUGAGAACAGCUGUUCUUGGACAACUGGUACCAGAAGGACUUUUACCAGUUUGUUUAAAACUGUGUAAAAAUACAAAUAUUUCCUCAGGAAAAGUUUUAUAAUUUAAGUUUGUUUGAAAUGUUGCAUUAUGAACCCAGUGUGAAAAUGUGAAAAUUAAAAAAUGGUAAAUGUUUCUAUGGUUCACUGUCGCAAAUGGUUCCUUAGCUUUGAUUCACUCUCGUCUCGCUAUGUAAAUUUCACACAAUUU